AUGGCAGCUGCGCAGUUUAGAAGAGAGCGGACGAGAAUAGCAGUUGCUCGGGCUUUGUUCUUCUUCUCUUUCUGGUGUCUGAUAUCUCUAUCUGGCGCCGGUAGGCUGCCUUCCUCCCGGCAGAAGCUUGAAGUCCACAAGCAUUUAAAGCGCAUCAACAAACCCGCCGUUAAAACAAUUCAAAGCCCUGAUGGGGAUACCAUUGACUGCGUGCACAUCUCUCAUCAGCCAGCCUUUGAUCAUCCAUUCCUUAAAGACCACAAAAUCCAGAUGAGGCCUAGCUAUCACCCAGAAGGUCUAUAUGAUGAGAGUAAGGUGUCCACCAAGGAAACAACAAACCCAGUCACUCAGUUGUGGCAAAUGAAUGGUAGAUGCCCUGAAGAUACCAUACCCAUAAGGCGAACAAAGAAAGAUGAUGUUUUAAGAGCAAGCUCAGUGAAAAGGUAUGGAAAGAAGAAGCAUAGAACCAUACCUCAGCCCAGGUCUGCAGAUCCUGAUCUUGUCAAUGAAAGUGGUCAUCAGCAUGCAAUUGCAUAUGUUGAAGGAGAUACAUAUUAUGGAGCAAAAGCAACCAUAAACGUAUGGGAGCCCAAGAUACAGCAGCCUAAUGAGUUCAGCUUGUCUCAGAUUUGGAUACUGGGUGGUUCUUUUGGUGAAGAUCUCAACAGCAUUGAAGCUGGUUGGCAGGUCAGCCCAGAUCUUUAUGGUGACAACAACACAAGAUUGUUCACUUACUGGACGAGUGAUGCAUAUCAAGCCACUGGAUGCUACAAUCUUCUCUGCUCAGGCUUCAUUCAAAUCAACAGCCAAAUAGCUAUGGGUGCAAGCAUCUCCCCUGUUUCUGCCUACAGAAACUCCCAAUAUGAUAUCAGCAUCCUUGUCUGGAAGGAUCCAAAAGAGGGACAUUGGUGGAUGCAAUUUGGCAAUGACUUUGUGUUGGGCUAUUGGCCUUCUUUCUUGUUCUCAUACUUGGCAGAUAGUGCUACCAUGAUUGAGUGGGGUGGUGAGGUAGUGAAUUCAGACCCCAAUGGUCAGCACACCUCAACACAAAUGGGUAGUGGUCAUUUUCCUGAAGAAGGAUUUGGCAAAGCAAGUUAUUUCAGGAACAUUCAGGUUGUUGAUAGCUCCAACAAUCUCAAGGCUCCCAAAGGUAUUGGCACCUUCACUGAGCAAUCGAACUGCUAUGAUGUGCAAACUGGCAACAAUGGUGAUUGGGGUCACUACUUUUACUUUGGAGGCCCUGGUAGAAACCCAAAUUGCUCAUGA